AGCCGACAAUUGAGGUAAUUGAAGAUAAAAAAAACGUUCACGUCAAGUGGUCUCAAUCCAUGGGAGCUGUUGAACAUUACCACGUUCAUGUAUUUGACGAAUUCCACAAACAAAAUCUAUCAAUUGGGUAUAAACAAGGAGGGAAAAAUUUCAACAAAACCAAAUUUGAGAUUGAAUAUUUUCUUAGUGGAAGAUAUUACAAUUUUGAGGUGACGGCCACGGGGAAAGGCAACAGAAUCACGACAAACAGUGUAAAACAACUGAUAGGUGGACGACUGGUGCCAAAGAUGGCUACGGCAAAACUAAGUGCCACCAAUGCAUUUGCAGCAGAUAUUAAAUGGGAACAGCCAGAUGAACCUCCAAUCGGAUAUAAAAUAACGGAGGUCAAUGACCCGGGUAUAGUGAAGGAGAAUAAUCAAAAUAUUACUCAGUGUAGUUUCACUGGACUAAAAAGAGGAAGCCGAUAUUGUUUCAAAGUCAUGUCUAUAUACGCAGAUGGUGUUGGGGGUGAAUGCCGCACGAACGAGAUAUACACAGAUCCUAGGCCAGCUUUAUUGGAAAACGUACGGAUAACAUUAGAUGAAAAACAUCCUGACACCACAAUAUGUGCAUCAUGGAAACGAGUAUUUGAUGCUUUGGAAUACAGAAUUCGAGUUGCAUCUUCUAAAUCUGUUCUGGAACAAGUUACAAACGAACCUCAAAUUGUCAUAACAUCUCUACAUCCAAACACUUGGUACGAAAUCAGCGUCGCUGCUUCAAAUAAGUUGGGGUAUGGAAUUCAAGAUAGCCAACGAAUUCAAACAGAUCUAUCGCCUCCUGAGUGUGUUCGCCUAUAUGCUGUAACGUGGAAAUCAGCUGCAGUAACAUUCGCACGAGCUCCAAACAACUCGAAACAUUCAAUCACGCUAUAUCAAGCAGAAAAUGAUAUAGUUGUAGACAACGUAGUAACAGAUGCAGUUUCAUACAUAUUUGAAGAGUUGAAUGGUGACACUGAAUAUUAUGCUUCAGUCCUAAUAACAGAAAGAGAUCGUGAAAGUAUCCGUGUGAAAUCAAACUCAAUGAAAACUGUGCCAAAUCCAGUAGUAAUGAACGAUGUGAAAUUGUGUGAUAACAAUCCAUCAACUGAUAUUAAACUUGAAUGGCAAGUCGAGAAGUUUUCUUCACGUUACCAAAUCGAAGUGAAAGUUGGCGAUACAAUUGAGAGAAUCUUUGAAAUUGAGGGCGUUGGAGUUUGCACUUAUAGAUGUCUAGAAGAAGGACGGCAAUACACUUUUCGAAUAAGAGCUGUGAACGAGUCCGGAAAUGGAAACUGGUCAAUCAAAAAAGAUAUUUCAUUAGCUCCUCCAAGGAUAACAGGAUUGCAAGUUAAAAGAGUUGAAAACAAGCUUGAAAUGAAAUGGAUAAGUGCUGGCCCAUUUGUUGAUCAUUACAUCAUUAAAGCUUUUGUUAAUAAAAGCGAAAUUAUUGUUGAAAAAAAAACACAGGACAAUGUUUACACAGUAGACUAUUGUGCCCCAUGUACUGACGUCACACUGUCAGUAGUCGCAUUUAAUGCGGAAGCAGUCAAGGGACUUGAAACAACGGAGACUGUUUCUUUUGGAGAAUUGAAACCGCCUGAUUAUGUGGUAUCGCAACUUGAUUCCACAAAACCAUGGAAGGUAUUUCAUCUGCAAUGGAUGAAGCAGUACGGCGCUCUUACGUACCAAGUUGGAAUUUUCAAAGACGGAGCUAACGUUUGUUGGAAAGAGGUAGAACAAAAUCAGUGGACUUUUUGUGAUGCUCUUCCGCUGACAAAAUAUGCCAUUUCCAUAUAUUCCAAAAACAAAGAUUGUGUGAGUGUGGAGUAUGCGACUCAUGUUAUAACGGGUGCGCCAAUCAUUGUAGAUUCGGAUAGCAUUACAACAGAACCCGACGAAAGACAGCCUUGGAGAAUGGUACGAGUAAAAUGGGAACGACCAGAAAAUGUAGAGAAUUUUAAAAUAAAAUCUAGUAUCGGUAAUCAAGAAUUUAUUACUAACAAAGAAUGUUUCGAUCUUGUAAAUGAAACCAACGAACGCACCGUGACAAUCUCAAUUAAAUCAGGAAUUCGCGAUGUGUACACCGAGGAGGAAGGAAAAAUAACUUUCAUCAUGGAUGUGGUGCCAAAAGUACGUCAGGAUUCUCUGAAAAUUAAGGUGAAUGAAAACACUCCAUGGGAAACAGCUACAAUAACAUGGGAAAUUCCAAGAGGCGUUGAUUGGAUGAAUAUCAAAAUAAAACCUCAAAGACAAAACACUUGGAGCGUAGACAAAACAUUGCACAAUAAAAAUUCAUUGGAAUUUUUGAGGAAUAAUGUUGAAAACUUCUAUGAAUUCCGUAUAUUCACCGGAUUUUCCAAACAAUCAUUUCACACUGAGUUUACCGCCAAACCAUUUUCAUUGGCAAACUUUCCUAUCAUAAAAUCCAAAUCAAUUGAGAUUGAAUUAGAUGAAGAAAAGCCGUGGGAGAUUGCGAAUAUCAAAUGGGAGAUGCCUCGUUUUCUGACUUGCGUUAAAGUCCAAAUUAAAUGCAAAGCAUUAGUGGAAAACACCAUUCAGAAAGAAGUGAUUCAAACCGACAACACUUUGAGAUUCAUUCGCACCGAAAAACAUCACACAUACGAUAUUAAAAUAUAUUCUGGCUGUAAUGGAAAUCUAUUCCAGUCGGAACCAACAACAAAAACAUUUACAAUGGAUUCUCCGCCCGCUGUGUUCAAAGAUACCAUGAAGUUUGAGCCAGACGAAGAACAGCCAUGGAAAUUGGUUCGACUUCAAUGGGAAAGACCAAAUUUGGUUGAAACGUUUAAAAUAUUCAGCAAUGUUACUGAAGAGUGUAUCACCGAAAAUGAUUACUUUGACAUCCUGAACACAACAUCAAAACGUGGAAUAAAGGUCAAGGUUUAUUCUGGGAUUGGAAAAGUUUUUACCGAUGUCGCAGCGAGUAAAAAAUUUGAAAUGGCGAAUAUACCGAAGUUUGAUGAUGUGGAUGUUACUGUGGAUCUCGACAACGAAAAACCGUGGGAAAUUGCUUUUAUUAGAUGGAAAUUUCCUAAAGGCGUUAAAUGGGUCAAAAUGCAAAUUAAGGGUAGCGGCGCUCUUUCAAAGACCCCAAUAACAGUAAUUACCAAUAAAGAGUUUUAUAAAUUUACACGUGAAAAUAUUGAGACCAAAUACACGAUCAAAUUUUAUCCCGGAUAUUCGAGAGACAUCUUUUACGAUAUUGCGACGUCCCAUGAAUUUAUUUUGGACAAAUUCCCAAUUGUUUCCCCGGAGUUCAUCGAUAUAAAAAUUGAUCAAGAAGAAUCGUUGUCAAUUGCUCAUAUAAAAUGGAUAAUGCCAGAAGGCUUGGAAUCAGUCAAAGUUCAACUUGUUUCUAAACAAAUGGAUGAUGAGUCUUCUAUUCAUUUUGAUGAAAUAAUUUCAUCUAAUUCUGUACGAAUUUCCUGCGAUAAAGAACCGAGAAGAUAUGAACUCAGAAUUACACCGGGAUGUACGUCUCGGAAAGUAUUUUCUGACGAGCAUUCUGUAAAAACGUUUCAAAUAGGUAUAUAUAGGCCUAAUUAUGUCUCGCUAUCAAUUUUCAAAAAUUUAGAUUUAUCUAGAUACCCUCUUACUACAAAUUCUAAUUGCAGGAAGUAUGUGAGGAACAAUUCAACAAGGCGUGAUAUCUUUCUACACACCUGAAUAUAUCAAAUUUUAUAUCGAAUAUAUAACGUGGAUCGCACAGAGAUGAACACAACUAAAAUUGUAUUUUUACCAUUGCUAAAAUUUAAAAGGGUGGUCUUCUGAACUUUCUCAUGAAAUUCUUAUUCUUCUUUAUCCGCCAGUGAUUUGACUUUUUGCGUCAGGUAAAAUUUCCCCAGUAUAGUAUUUGAUUGCAGAGCGAAACUUUCAAGUGUUCUCAUAUUUGAUGAGUAGAUAGUUUUAUAUAUUGCUUAAUAAACCUUUUACAUUAUUUCAUAUUUGUUUAGUUGUGAAGAUUUAUAUAUUUAUUGUGUUUUCAUAUAACUCGUUGUAGUCAAUAAAUGUACCAUAUUGUGCACAUAAGACA